AUGUGGCUGCUCUAUGUGGUUGUGCUGUUCUUGCUGUUCACAGUAGUUGUUGGAGAAUGCCAUUGCUACAAUGCAAGUACCUGCACAAGCAAUUGUGGCCGAAACGGCGGUUGCAUCAAGGGAUGGUUCGGUCCGACCUGCCAGAAACAAAACGUUGCACUGCUAAGACCUGCAACUCAGACCUCCGUCUACUAUGAACCUUUUGAAACGUCCCAGCCACUGAACCUCAAAGCGGACUACGCGGUGGAUGGAAUAGUUUCAAAUCGUUUCAAUGACAGUCCAUGUGCACACACUGACGGUGGAGACAUGACUCCAUCAUGGACUGUAUUUCUCAAUACAAGCAGCCAUGAUAAAAUACACCACAUGAAACUCUAUCUUCGCACAACAUGGCCAAAUCGAAAUGAUGGCAUGGUGAUUCUGGUGGACGACCAGAUCUGCUACGAUUGGUCAUCAACUGAACGACCUGAUUAUGUCACAGACGUCACCUGCAGACAUCCACUAUCAGGAACCUCAGUUACCAUACGGACACCACAGGAGUUUCUGACUCUGUGUGAGGUGCAGAUAUUUGUUUGCAGUGACGGCUGGUUUGUCGACUACUGUGACAAACGAUGUCACUGUCUGGAUAACAAGGAAGUAUGUGACAAGAUCACUGGACAUUGCUCUAGCGGAUGCAGUCAUGGAUUCACCGGCGCAAAUUGUCAGACACCCCGCGCCAUAAAUACUGACCCACGAGCUUCUAGUCCCAUAACUUUAGCAGUUGCAAUUUCAUGUGGAGUUGUCAUAUUGAUCAUUGUGUUGGUGGCUUCUCUGUGGAUCAGAAGGCUGCAGAUGAAAAUCAAAGCGUUAGAAACGACGCGUGAAGAACCAUACGCCUCUCUGGAUCAG